AUGUAUCAUUCUGUGUCUGAAACCAGUCACCCUUUGCAAACAGAGGAACAAGAAAUAGGCAUUGAUCCCUUGCAGAGUUAUUUGAACAAGCCAGGGGAAGGAUCAAAUGAAAAUGGAGGCACACACCACACCUCAGAUUCUGAUGGAACAUUUAUUUCUUACAGUAAAGAAUGGGAAGAACUAUUUGUAAACAACAAUUACUUGGCAACUAUACGGCUGAAGGGGAUUAAUGGGCAGCUGAGAAGCAGCAGGUUCCGUAGUGUUUGCUGGAAGUUAUUUCUGGAAGUUCUACCCCAAGACAGAAGUCAAUGGAUUAAAACCACUUCAGACUUAAGAACUUCUUACAAUAAGAUCAAAGAAAUUCACAUUACAAACCCUCGGAAAGCAGGACAGCAAGAUCUGAUAAUCAACAACCCACUCUCUCAGGACGAGGGGAGUCUUUGGAAUAAAUUUUUCCAGGAUAAAGAGCUUCGAGCAAUGAUUGAACAAGAUGUGACAAGAACCUUUCCUGAAAUGCAGUAUUUCCAGCAAGAGAAUGUGAGGAAGAUUCUUACAGAUGUUCUGUUCUGCUAUGCCAGAGAAAAUGAGCAGUUGCUUUAUAAACAGGGUAUGCAUGAACUUUUAGCUCCCAUUGUCUUUAUCCUGCAUUGUGACCACCAAGCUUUUUCACAUGCCAGUGAAGCUGCACAGCCAAGUGAGGAAAUGAAAGUUCUUUUGAAUCCUGAAUAUCUGGAACAUGACGCCUAUGCAAUGUUCACACGUCUUAUGAAAACUGCAGAACAUUGGUUUUCAACUUUUGAACAUGACAGUCAGAAGGAGAAAGAUGUGAUGAUUACACCUAUGCCAUUUGCAAGGCCGCAGGACUUAGGCCCAUCUAUUGCUAUUGUUGCGAAGGUAAACCAAAUUCAGGAUCAUCUGCUAAAGAAACAUGAUAUUGAGCUGUACAUGCAUCUGAACCGACUGGAAAUUGCUCCACAAAUUUAUGGACUGCGAUGGGUAAGGCUCCUGUUUGGACGUGAAUUCCCACUUCAGGACCUUCUGGUUGUCUGGGAUGCUCUAUUUGCUGACAGUAUCACCCUGAAUUUAGUUGACUACAUUUUUGUAGCCAUGUUGUUAUAUAUUAGAGAUGCCUUGAUUUCAAGUAAUUAUCAGACCUGUUUGGGACUUCUGAUGCAUUAUCCACCUAUUGGAGAUGUUCACGCCCUUAUCCUCAGAGCACUUUUUCUCCGAGAUCCAAAGAGAAAUCCAAGACCAGUGACUCACCAAUUCCAACAAAAUUUAGAUUAUUACAAAGCACGUGGAGCAGACUUGAUGAACAAAACCCGCGCCAGCGCUAAGGCUGCCCCACUGAACAUUAACAAAGUCUCCAACAGCUUACUGAAUUUUGGCCGAAAGCUUAUUGCUCCGGCUAUGGCUUCAGGUGGGGCUGGGGGUGCUCCUGCCGGCGGGAGCAGCUUUCCUCCCCCUGCAAUGCCCAUCAGAAGCGCAGUGGAAACCUCCCAGCACCACUACCACCACCAGCACCACCACCACCACCACCAGGCGCAGCAGCAGAGGAUGAUGAAGUCCGAAAGCAUGCCAGUUCAGCUGGGCAAAGGCCAAAGUUCAAAAAACGUCAGCUCAUCCCCAAGCAUAGAGAGCCUGUCUGGCGGACGUGAAUUUACAGGAUCUCCACCAUUGUCUGCAUCAAAAAAGGAUUCCUUUUUCAGUACAAUCUCCCGCUCCCGUUCCCAAAGCAAAACUAUGAGCAGAAAAGAAUCGGAGGAGGAAUUGGAGACCCAGAUUUCAUUCCUACAAGGACAACUAAACGACUUGGAAGCCAUGUGCAAAUAUUGUGCAAAGAUGAUGAACACACAUCUUGGAAAUAUUCAGGAAGUCAUACUGCAAGAACACUUGGAAAAAGAAGAUGAAAUUCUUGUUUCCUUGGCUGGUUUGAAGCAGAUCAAGGACAUCCUGAAAGGUUCCCUGCGUUUCAACCAGAGCCAGCUGGAAGCUGAAGAAAAUGAGCAAAUCACGAUAGCCGAUGAUCACUACUGUUCCAACAGUCAGAACAAGGGGACAGGUGAUGUCCUAAAGGGACCUGUUAUGACAAAACAACAGUUCAUCUCAGGACGACAGACUACGACUGAUUCGAGCACUAGUGAGAGCAAGAGUGCUGAUGACUAUAUUAUGGUUUCCAAAGAAGAGGAAGGAAGUAGAAGUGCUGUCCCGGAGCCAGCGCAGUCCCAUCAGGCACACAAGGAGGCAGUGGUGAAGCCAGAAGCUCCAUCUCGUUCUUCUUUGAUAUUCUCUGACCCACUGAUGGGCUCCAUUUCAGCCUCCUCCAGCAACCUGAGCUCCAGCCCUGAUGACAACAGUAGUAAUAACAGCAAAGAUUCUGACUUUGCUAUUGUCAGCCCCCUGGACAUCUAAAGAAACAGGUUGGGAGAGUUUGGGAGGUUGGCAGUUAUACCUCAGCUCAAAUUCCUAUGAUUCCACAGGCUGGAUAGUUCUUUGG